AUGAGCGAAGAUCAGACAGUUAGACAACAAGGGCCCAAACCUGCUGGCAGGUUGUACGUGAAAGCAGUAUUUGUUGGCUAUAAACGUUCGCAACGAAAUCAGCGUGAACAUACAUCACUUCUAAAACUGGAAGGAGUUUACAACAAGCAGGAUGCCCAGUGGUAUGUUGGAAAAAGGGUUCUCUAUGUUUAUAAAGCACAUAAAAAAACAAGAGUGCAUGGAAAAACACCAAGUCGCGUACGAGCAAUCUGGGGUAGAAUAACUCGAGUACAUGGCAAUGCAGGUACAGUGAAAGCAAAAUUCCGAAGAAAUCUCCCACCACAAGCGAUGGGCAAGCGUGUGCGCGUGAUGCUGUAUCCUUCAAAUAUUUGA